AUGAGUUCUCUCCUAAAAUGGUCCACCAUGGUAGCACUUAAGCCCGUCGCAAAAAGCGCGAAGAGCGUCAAGGGAUCAAAGAAAGCAAUUCGCAAGAAGAAGGUCCAUCUUAAAUUCAACAUCGAAUGCAAGAAUCCUGCCGAGGAUGGAAUCUUUAAGACCGAAGAUUUCGAGUCUUUCUUAAACGAGAAGAUAAAGAUUAAUGGGAAGUGUGGGCAACUUGCUAACGCUGGUGUAAAGGUUGAGCUGAACAAAACGAAGGUUUCAGUUAUUGCCGAUAUUCCAUUCUCUAAGCGCUACCUCAAGUAUCUCACCAAGAAGUACCUCAAAAAGCACUCGCUUCGUGACUGGCUUCGUAUCGUGGCCAUUAACAAGAACACGUACGAGUUGAGAUACUUCCACAUCAACCAAGAUGAGGACGAAGGCAGUGAUAAUGAGUAA